CAAGUUGGCGGCACUGUUAGUAAAUUCUUUUCCACGUGCUUUCAAACAUAUCGCUACACGCGUUAUUCACAUUUUGCUAAUAGUUAAAUUAAAAACUUGCAUAAAAUGGCGCAAAAAAAGGUAGCUGGAAAGAAGAGUGCGGCCAACAGCAAAAGUAACCAAAAAGCAAAGAAGGUUGUAGAGGAGAAACCCGAAAUGGACGUUGAGGCCAGCGAUGAUGACUCCGACGCCAGCGAGGAGGAGAACGGCGUCAACUUUGACGACGGCAGCGACUCCGAGCAGGUAAAAGGUGCUUCAGACCUUGUUGACUCGGAAGCUGAAGAAGAUGAUGAGGAUGAUGAUGAUGAUGAGGAAGAUGAUGAUGAUGAUGAUGAAAUUGAACCAGGACAGAUAUCGAUGACCAAAGAUGUAUCCAAGGCAACCGAAGAGGAAGCUGACUCAGAUGAGGAACCCGUUGAAGCGCCCAUUACCAAGAAGAAACAGGCUGAAGCACCCCAGAAAGGGGGAAUUCCUAAGAUCGCCGUUGGUCGUAUUCCACCAGAAACCCCAAAGGAACACCAGUUGUUCAUCUCACAGCUUCCAAAUGAGUACAAACACACUGAACUGGUUGCACUGUUUACAAAGUUUGGUCCAAUCGCUGUUGUAAAUCGCAUCAAGACAAAGACUGGCGGCAAUAAUGUUAUCAUUGCCUUUGAGUCAGCCGAAGGUCCUGAGUCCGCACUUGCCGCCAAGCCAAAGGCACUGACUCUCAAUGGUCAGGUGCUUCAUGUGUCGCGUCCACACUCAAAGAACGAGCUUAAUGAGCGUACUAUUGUCAUUGGACUGAUUGGACCCAAUGCCAACAAGGAGCAAAUUACCGAACAUUUCAAGAGCUGCGGCGCCGUUGAGAGCGUCAACUUCUCCAACAAUCGUAAUCUGCCCACAGCAUAUUUGCGCUUCAAGUCUGUGGACUCAAUUCCCAAGGCUCUCAAAUUGCACGGCAGUGAGUUCAACUCACGCUUCAUCACUGUACGCGAGGAGUCUUACAAGAACAAAACGCUGAAAUCACCAAAAUGCACAUUGACUAUUGUAAACACGGGCAAUCAUGAAUCCUACAAAGCUGAUGUUAUUGAGAAGAUGUUCAAGAAACACGGAGAUAUUACGGAUGUGGAUGUCGUCUGCACUCGGGGCAUUUUGGCCUUUGUGACUUACGAAACUGCUGAACAGGCUCAAAAGGCAAUGAAGCAGCUAAAUGGCAAGACUGUUGGCGAUUUGGAGAUCAAAUUGGAGCCCUACCAUUACACAUCAUCCGCUCGCACAAUUCUGGUUACCAACUUGGCCAAUGGCGUCGAAGAGGAUGAGUUAAAUACAAUAUUCAGUGACUGUGGUGAAAUUGAAAGCGUCAAGAUGCUGCAAAAUAAGGCGUUAGUUAAAUUCACAACAGAUGACGGCUUCUGCAAAUCAUUUUUGGUGAAUGAACGCUAUGUGCAGGGUCAACCCAUGUUUGUAGAGCCAAACUCUACAAUAAAACACAAAAUCUUGCAAAAGAAGGUGGCAGCAAAGAAUCCAAAUUUCCGAGGAAACGCAGCUGGAGGCCCGGCCAAGUUUAAGAAAUUCGGCAAUAAUAGCAACCCCAACAACAAGAAGCCAUUCAACAAACGUAAGGCCCAGGAAAAUGGCUCCUCGUCGCAUUCCUUCAAGAAAACCAAGAAAUUUUAAUCUAGGGGAAAACGAUGAUCCAAUAUGGUCCUAGUCUUAAGUUUUCUUAACAAUAACCCAUCAGCAAUGCAAAUGUUCAGUGCAUUGAAUUUAGUUUUAUGAGUCGACAGUGUGCCGAUAUGCAUAUUCAAGAAUUGUAUUUGAAUAUUUUACGAUAUGCUAAUAAAGCAGAGUACUACAAUAGUAAUUGU